AUGGCUAAUAAAUUUUCCGCAAUUAAUAAAUUUGGUUAUUGUGAUUUUCGUGUCUUCAAGUCAUCAAAACCAAUAACUGAAACUAAAGGUACAACUUAUAGCUACACAAGACAUUAUAGCAAUGUUCACCCUGAAAAACACGCAGAGUAUGUGGCACAGAAACAUAUUAAUUUCAAUUGCAAACAAAUAAUUAUUGACACAUUCUUCACAAAACAGAAUAGUUCGUACGGAUCGCAACAUCCUGACCAAAUCAAAAUCACAGACUUCUUAGUUGCAAACCUUGUUGUUGGUUGCUCACUUCCAUUAUCUCUUGUCGAGAAUUCAAAUUUUCGGAAAUUUAUCUGCGAUAUGAAUAACAAGUACGUACUACCAUCACGAAGCCAUCUAACAUCUCAAUUAAUACCAGAGGCUGUUAAAGAAAAAAGAGAACUUAUUUCGAAACAAGUUCAGUCCAUUGGGCAUAUAGCAAUGACUGUUAAUAUAUGGACUGAUAGAAGGAUGCAUUCAUAUCUUACUUGUGCGGGACACUACUUUUCUGAUGGCAAGCUCCAAAAUUUUCUUUUGGCUUUUCGUCCAGUCAAAGGAAGAGCAAAAUCAAAUCAGAACAAAGCUAGGGUGUAUUAUACGCCUGAUAACGCCUCAAAUAUAAAAAAAGCUUUUGAUGUGCUCAGUGAAUUACAGGCUAAUGAGAGUGAAGAUGAAUCUAGACAUAUUGUUAUAAUUGAUGACGAAGAAAUGUGGAAUGAUCUGCAUGAAGAAGAUCAACUCAUUGUGAACGAAGCUAUCGAGCUACAUGCAACUGAAAGAUUGGCCUGCUAUGCGCAUUCUUUGCAGCUGUGUGUAAAAGAUGGACUAACUCAUCUGAAAACAGCUAACAGUUUGUUAGCCAAAUCCUCAAAGCUGGCAAAUUUAACACAACAAAGUACGCUUUUCCGUGGAAAUUUUGAGUCAAAGUUUGGAAAAUGA